AUGCAGCCUCAGCUGAUCGGCGGGGUCAAGGUGUCCGCCCCCGUGCGGCCCGAGUACAGCACCAUUCUCACCCCCGAGGCCCUCCAGUUCGUGGCCCACCUCUCCCGCCGCUUCUCGCCUCGCGUAACGGAGCUGCUGCAGCGUCGUGUGGAGGUCCAGGCCCGCUUCGAUGCCGGUGCCAAGCCCAAAUUCCUGGAGGAGACCCGGCACAUUCGUGAGGGUUCCUGGACAGUGGCCCCCCUCCCCGCCGACCUCCUGGACCGGCGCGUGGAGAUCACGGGCCCCACCGACCGCAAGAUGGUGAUCAACGCCUUGAACUCCGGCGCCAGCGUGUACAUGCCCGACUUUGAGGACUCCAACAGCCCCACCUGGGACAACAUGAUCAGCGGGCAGGUGAACCUGCGUGACGCCGUUCGCCGCACCAUCUCCAUGGCCGCCGCCGGCAAGACCUACCGCCUGAAGCCCGAGGUGGCCACCAUGAUCGUCCGCCCCCGCGGCUGGCACCUGUGGGAGAAGCACGUGAGCGUGGACGGCGCACCCGUCCCCGGCGGCGUGUUCGACUUUGCGCUCUUCUUCUUCCACAACGCGCGCGCGCUGAUCGAGCGCGGGUCCGGGCCCUACUUCUACCUGCCCAAGAUGCAGAGCCACCUGGAGGCGCGGCUGUGGAACGAGGUGUUCACCGAGGCGCAGCUGUACUGUGGCGUACCGCACGGCACCAUCAAAGCCACCUGCCUGAUCGAGACGCUGCCCGCCGCCUUUGAGAUGGACGAGAUCCUGUACGAGCUCCGCGAUCACUCCGCGGGCCUGAACUGCGGGCGGUGGGACUACAUGUUCUCCUUCAUCAAGACGCUGCGCAACGACGCGACCCGCAUUUUCCCCGACCGGGGCGUGGUGGGCAUGGACCAGCCCUUCCUCCGCGCCUACUCCCAGCUGGUGAUCAAGACCUGCCACCGCCGGCGCGUGCACGCCAUCGGCGGCAUGUCGGCCUUCAUCCCCAUCAAGGCCGACGCCGCGCGCAACGCGGCGGUCAUGGAAAAGGUCCGCGCCGACAAGCUGCGCGAGGUGCGCGAUGGGCACGACGGCACCUGGGUGGCGCACCCGGGCCUCAUCCCCAUCGCGCGUGAGGCCUUCGACGCGCACAUGCCGGGGCCCAACCAGCUGCACGUGGCCCGCCAGGACGUGGUGGCCGACCCCGCCGCCCUCCUGGCCGUGCCCUCGGGGCCCCGCACGCUGGCCACGCUGCGCAACAACGUCGAGGUCAGCAUUCGCUACCUGGCCGCCUGGCUGGGCGGCAACGGCUGCGUCCCCAUCCACGACCUGAUGGAGGAUGCCGCGACCGCGGAGAUCAGCCGCGCCCAGGUCUGGCAGUGGCUGCGUCAUGGCGUGGCGCUGGACGACGGCGCGCCCCUCACCGCAACCACCGUGAAGCUGGUCAUCCUGGAGGAGAUGGAGGCCCUGCGCCGCGAUCUGGGCGACGCCGCCUUCUCCGCGGGGGCCUACCUGGACGCCGCCUUCCUCUUCAAGCUCAUGGCCCUGUCCAGCGAGCUGCCAGACUUCCUCACCCUGCCGGCCUACGAUACCCUGCUCUCGUCAGAGUUCUCCGCCAGCGUGUCUGGCGGCCCCGCCUCCCGCAUGUGA